AUGAAGCUUAUAAACAAUAUAACUUUUGAACAAACCAUUAAAGUAGCAAGGCAAAUAGAAGAAAAUAGUAAUGCAUACUCUAAAGCUCUUUCAAAAUUUUAUUCUUCUAAUAUAAAUUCUGUUUCUACACAACCAGAAAACCAUUCAACUUUCAUUGCAAUUAAUCAAAAUAUUGGCCUAAACCAACUACAACAAAAUGUAUUUCCAAAUGAAAAAGUUAGAAGAAAAAGUGAUGAUGAGGUUUAUAAUAAAGAUAAAGAGAAGAAAAUUAAGAAGAACCUACUUGAAAUUAGUUUUGUUGUUUUAGAAGAAGAAAGUUCUGAUUAA